CAUUGACCCCCUCCCACGCAUAUGGGAGUUAUUAGAAUUUUAUGAUGGCUUCGUCUGGUGAGAGCGAUCCUGUCCCCUCUGCGGCUGCUGAAGAUAAGACGUCUCCUGGAAAAGAAAUAUCUUCCACGGUUGAGGCUCUUGCCACAAUUGCUCACAGCAAAGACCUGGAAUCGAAUGAGCCUGCUGCAGCGAGCUCAGACGGACACUCUUUUGGACCCGCGUCAAAAAAUGUCGCUCCACUGCCCCAUCAUGACGAGAGUGCUGCCGAGACCCCAUCGUUGCCCACCUCACAAACCGGUGAACCUAUCUCUCAAGGAGAUCCUGCGUCUGAGAUCGCCGAGACGCCCAGCGUAGCUGCCCUAUCUGUGGACAAUGAAGAACGGGAUGACGAUUCAGCGAUUGGAGACUCAAGCAUUUACACUACCAACACUUCAGCAAGGUCAAGUGUAUAUGAUUUUGUCUUCGAGAAUGGGAGAACGUAUCAUUCUUUUAGGCAAGGAAAAUAUGAAUUGCCUAACGACGAGCGAGAGCAGGACAGAUUAGAUCUCCAACAUCAUUUAUUUCUAUUAACAUUGGGUGGUGAGUUAUACAAUGCACCUCUCAAAGAUCUAUCGGGUGGCCUUCACAACGUGCUUGACAUCGGGACGGGAACUGGUAUUUGGGCUAUCGACUUUGCCUCCUUAUUCCCCUCAGCCAAUGUAAUUGGGACAGACCUGAGUCCCAUUCAACCAGACCUCGUUCCACCAAACCUACAUUUCGAAGUCGAUGAUGCAGAAGACCCCUGGCUUUUCUCUCACCAGUUCGAUUAUAUUCAUGGCCGGGCUCUAGCAACCUGCUUCAAAUCCCACAUGACGGUAAUAAAGUCCGCUUUCAACUUCACUCGACCUGGCGGAUAUUUUGAACUCCAAGACUGUGUCGUUCCGUUCCGCUGUAUGGACGAUUCUAUGAAAGGCACCACACUCGAAAGAUGGGUAGACCUAAUCAUGCAAGCGACAGCGAGAAUGGGUAAAGAUUGGACGCGAGUGAAGAAGUACAAAGAGUAUUUAGAGGAAGCGGGCUUCGAAGAUAUCGUAGAGAAGAAGUACGAAUGGCCAGUGGGCACUUGGGCCAAGGGGAAGAAGGCGAAGAUGUUAGGAUUGUGGUAUAGAGAAGAUUUGCUGAGUGGGUUGCAAGGCUUUACGAUGGCGUUGUUGACACGGGCUUUGGGGAUGUCGACUGUGGAGGUGGAGGUACUUUUGACUGGCGUGAGGGAGGACAUCAAGAGCAACAAGAUUCACAUUUAUAUCCCGGUACGAGUGGUGUACGGCCGCAAACCACUCUGAGUUCGGAGUUUGGUGACAUGUUGGAAUAUGAUUUUUGGAGUAGCGGAUUUUGUUGAGCAUCUUAAGUUUUAUCUGAAUACUGUAUCUGAACCACUGGUACGAGUCCUCUAUACCAGCAUUAAUGGACCCCACUGCUUUACAUAAUUCAAACUGAUGUUACUAAUUGACGAAGAUGG